AUGCGUUCUUCCACCGUUCUUGCAGUGGUCACUGUUGUGGCUACUCCUGUUCUCGUCGGCGCUGUUCCCACUCCGGCCGAUGGCUCUGAGGCUCUGAGCUUCGGUGACGGCUUGAAAAUUGGCAAGGAUGUCUUGGGCAUUUUCCACAGUAGCAGCAACAACAAGAACCAGCAGCACUCCCGUGACUACGACGAGCUUCUGGCCCGCAAUUUCGAAGACAUUAUGGCGCGCGCUGAGCCUGCUCCCACUCACGCCGCCGUGCAUGAGCAUGUUCACCAGCAUGCCCACAAGCAUCAUGCUCAUAAGCACCAGAAGAGCCACAAGCAUUACCACGGUCACAAGCAUGCUCCCGGACACGCGCACCACGCCGAGCAAAAUGCGGAGCACGCUGCCGCGUAUCCUUCUUCCAAGCACGCCGUCAUUCCCCCCGCGCAUGUCGCGCGCGAGCCUUCUUACUCCAUGCCCAAGGGUCAGAAUUCGUUCGGUCACGCUGGCGAGCAUGUCGGGGUAAAGUCGCACCACCGGGAUGUUGAGGUGCGCGAGCCUCACUACCCUAGUUUCCAGGGCUAUAAAGGCGGACAGCACGGCGGGUACGUCCGCGAGCUCGAGGAUCGCGAGUUUGACGAUAUCUUCGCGCGCGCUGAGGCAGCCUCUGCGCGCCCCAACGCGCAUGCUACCGCUUACACCCAUGAGCACGUCAAGGGUCACGCAUACAACGGCCACAAGCACUACAAGGGUUACAAGCACGGUGCGCAGGAGAACGUUCAAGCGGAUCCCGUUGCUGCCCUACCUAGUCACGCCUCUGCCCAACCCAUUCACACGUCUGUUCACGCUGCCCGUGGCUCCACACUUGGGAGCCCCGGCCACAGCUCUGCUGGUGGCCCCAAGAAACCCCAUCGCUCAAUCGACGAGAUUUUGGCGCGUGAGGAUGGCAAUGAGGCUCACAGCUGGCGCCCCUCUGCCCAACCCAUUCACACGUCUGUUCACACUGCCCGUGGCUCCACACUUGGUAGCCCCGGCCACAGCUCUGCUGGUGGCCCCAAGAAACCCCACCGCUCAAUCGACGAGAUUUUGGCGCGUGAGGAUGGCAAUGAGGCUCACAGCUGGCGCCCCUCUGCCCAACCCAUUCACACGUCUGUUCACACUGCCCGUGGCUCCACACUUGGUAGCCCCGGCCACAGCUCUGCUGGUGGCCCCAAGAAACCCCACCGCUCAAUCGACGAGAUCCUGGCGCGUGAGGAUGGCAAUGAGGUUCACAGCUGGCGCCCGACUUUGGACAGCGCGCAUUUCGUCCGUGGUCUAUUCUACGACGGCAGAAAUGACCUAAAACAGUCCCGCGUGUACGACGAACUUAUCGCGCGCGAGUUCGACGACGUUAUGGCUCGCGAAGACGAUGAGAUUAUGGCGCGCGAAGACGACGAUCACAUGGCUCCGUCGUUGAACACCAGAUUGGAGAUCCUGAAGAAGAACGGCGGUCGCACAGACAUCUUCGCUCGCAACAUGGCACUUGCUGAGCUGGACUGA